AUGACUGACCCCGGUCCGUUACACCAAUUUCUGGGUAUCACUGUCACACGCUCUGCUUCGGGAUUAUUUUUGUCCCAGUCUUCUUAUGCACAGGAUAUUAUUGCUCGUGCUUCUAUGACAAACUGUAAUCCAGUAGCCACUCCAGUCGACACUCAAUCCAAGCUGAGCGCUGCGUCUGGCCCUGCAAUCAAGGAUCCACCGUUAUACAGAAGUCUGGAUGGUGCUCUUCAAUACUUGACGUUCACUCGUCCUGAUAUCUCCUAUGCAGUUCAGCAGGUUUGUUUAUUUAUGCAUGAUCCGAGAGAACCCCAUACGCAGGAUCUAAAACGCAUUCUCAGGUAUCUUCAGGGCACUAUUGACCACGGCUUAUGUCUUUCGGUUUCACCUGUGACUGGUCUGACUGCAUAUCCUGAUGCUGACUGGGCGGGUUGCCCGGAUACUCGACGGUCGACAUCUGGAUACUGUAUUUUUCUUGGCAAUAACCUGAUCUCUUGGUCUUCUAAACGACAGGCUACUGUGUCCCGUUCUAGUGCAGAGGCGGAAUAUCGGGGGGUUGCUAAUGCUGUUGCUGAGACCACUUGGCUACGCAACUUACUUCUCGAGCUCCACAUCCCUCUCAGGCGUGCUACUAUUGUUUACUGCGACAAUGUCAGUGCGGUGUACAUGUCUGGGGAUCCUGUUCAGCACCAACGCACCGAACAUGUGGAGAUUGACAUUCAUUUUGUCCGAGAACGUGUACGUAUUGGUGAUAUUCACGUUUUGCACAUUCCAUCUGACAGCCAAUAUGCAGAUAUCUUCACCAAGGGUCUUCCACGAGUUUUAUUUAUUCGUUUUCGUUCUAGUCUAAACGUUUGCUCCUCUCCCGUUUCGACUAAGGGGGUGUAA